GUGGGCCGCCGGCCCUUUCGGCGUUCCCCAAACGCAGAGACGCUUCUUCGCCUCCACCGCCGCCUCCCCCCGCCGUGGCGCCGCUCCGCCUCGUCCACUGCCGCCGCCGCCGCCGCAUCGAUUGACCCCCCGGACCACGCGUUUCAGAAUGGCCGCUGAAGACUCAAAAGAUAUCCUGAAGAAUGUAGACUGGAAGACCAUGGGUGGCGCAGUGACAACUGAAUCUAGCAAACCAAUUGUUAAGAAGCGUCUCCCAAAGAAAAUCAGACAAGUCCCUGACUGCUAUUUUCUCCCUCGUCGGUCUUGGCCUUCUGCACUGGCAAUCUACGGUGGUGUAUGUGCUGCUGGCGUUGGUGCAGGGAUGCUUCUUGAGGUUUGGAUAAACAAAAAGAUCAAAGAGGACAGUGGCAUUAUCUGGGAGAUGGAUAAAUGAUGCACAGGAUGCUUUAUUGUGGUAAAACUUGCCUUGUCAUUAUGGACACAGCUUGCUCUGAAGAUUUCUGACGGAAAUUGACACAGCCUUGUUUUUGUAUCGGGAUCUAUUAUGCAUGAUGGCAGAAUGAUGUUCCAAACCUUUGAGCCUCAUUAGUCAAAUAAACUCAAAUUAUCCUAACAGUAUAUGAAACUGCUGUUCUGGUGGGCACAUCGCCUAUGCACUGGUAAGCAUUAUUUUGAACAUUUCUUGUUUGUGUUUGUCUGAUGGUUCAA